GUGCCGGCAGGAGCGGGAUGGCUAAGGAGCUGCGCCGAGCCGACGAGCGAGGCUCCGCGGCUCGGCCACCGCUGAGGAAAUGGCGCCCCGAGACCGGCCGGUAGUGGCACCUCCUUCCACCAUGCGCAAGCGCGGGUCCCGAAAGCGUCUCAAGUUUCGAGCCGACAACGUCUGCUUCGAGCGCGUGACCGUGGCCGACUACGCCAACUCGGAUCCCGCCGUGGUGAAAUCUGGGCGUGUGAAGAAGGCGGUGGCCAACGCGGUGCAGAAGGAAGUGAAAUCACUCUGUGGUUUGGAGGCAUCUUGUGUACCUACUGAUGAAGUAUUAUCAGUGGCAGAGUCCUGCGGUAGUAAUGAUGAAAUGGAUUCUGAGGAUUUUGCCAAUGAUACAAUAUUGUCUAGAAAAAAGAAAAACCAGAGGCAUAGAGAAAAUUCUGAUGGGGUAAUAGGCAAAGAAUAUCCUAUUGAUAUUUGGUUGAUGCUGGCAUCCUACAUACGUCCAGAAGACACUGUGAAUUUUUCUCUCAUUUGUAAAAGAGCGUGGACUGUCACUUGCACUGCUGCCUUUUGGACCAGACUUUAUAGAAGGCACUACAAUAGGAAUGCAUACCUCCCAAUCCGUUUACAGCCAGAGUCUAUAGAAAAGAUGUACUGCCUCCGUGCGUGUGUGAUUCGCUCCCUAUACCAUAUGUAUAGACCUUUUGUUUCCCAGAUAUCCAGAAAUCCAGCAAUUCCAGAGACUACUCCAAGCACACUAAAAAAUUCAAAAUGCCUGCUUUUCUGGUCUAAAAAGGUUGACCGGCAAUCUUCACUGUGGGAAUUCAGCUUCAAAUUCCAAAGGCAGUCUCCCAAGUUCAAGAACAACUGUUCGAAACAUCUUCAACCACCCAUCCGGUACGAAGAUGUCCACGUGAAUCCUGACCGAGACUGCUGCCUAUUGCAGAUCACCACCCUCAACUUUAUAUAUAUACCUAUUGUCAUGGGCAUGACAAUUACCUUGUUCACAAUAAAUGUGAGCACUGACAUGAGACAUCACAGAGUGAAAAUGGUAUUCCAUGAUUCACCAGUUUGGAAUGGCAAGAAACCAAGAUUUGACUAUGGAGUGCAAGUUAUAAUGGACCCUGUGCACAGUGUGCGUCUUUUUGAUUGGUGGCACCCACAGUUUCCCUCCUCACAUAUUUGAAGACUUCUAAGAAGUUUACAUGAACUGGAAAAACUUCAGGAAGUCUAAUUUUAUUUGUAGACUACAUUGUAUAAAAUCUCCAUAAAGGACUAAACUUGAUAA